AUGGCUGAGGCAUGUCCACCCCACCAGCUCUUUACCAACAAACUCAAGUGCAAGUCUCACGACUUCAACAAAGAUGUUCCUCCGAUCAACUCCCUUGGUGCCAAAUGUGCAAAGAUUGAUGCCAGCGCAUCUGAGGGCGAGAAAAGUACUACAGACACCAGCUCCUGCAAGAACAUAGUCUUCCAUGCUUGGGAGGUGCGCGAACACAGGGAGAGAGAUGGCAAGCAAUGCCUGGCUUCGAAGGAUGGCCUGCACGCUGGGGCACUUGUUGUGGAGAGUGACAUUGUUCAGCAGGCAAUGGGCCCUGCAUGUCAUCUCUAA